AUGCCACCUACGGAUACAGAACCCGAAGCCUUGGCCCAGGUGGCGCCGGAGACUUGCCAAGCCUAUCUGCCGGGCCCACACCAAAUUGUGCGCGAGCUUCCCCGUUUUGUGUGCUUGGAGCGUCCUGCACUCGAGACCGGGGCCGUUACCCUGAUCACGGCCUUUACGCCGGAUCGCCUUGAUCUUUUCUUAAGUUUGGUGCGCAGCUACGAAGGUCCGGUCAGCGCGGCACUGUUUGCAAACGAUGAAGAGGCCGACCGUGUUGCCCAGGCGCUUGCCGAGACCAGCUUUGCCCGGCGGCACAGGCGCGUUUGUGUCCAUUUAUUAAUGCCCGAUGGCCUGGCUCCAGGAGCCGUUCCAAUUAAUCGUCUCCGCAAUUUGGCUUGGGACCACGCCCCAACUCCGUGGGUGUUUCAUGUUGAUGUCGACUUUGAGGCAAGCAAUCGGACGGCCUUUGUGGUGCCCGCGUUUGAAACACCGCAGUAUCGCCUGCCUCGAUUCGGGACCAAAGCUGCGUUGCUGGAGGCAUGGGACUUGGGGCUCUUGCGGCCGUUUCGUAUGGAUCUAUGGCCCGUGGCCCAUCGCCCUACCGACUAUCACCGCUGGUCAGGUACAACUGACCCUUAUGCCAUUGACUGGCAGCCCGACUACGAGCCCUACCUGCUAAUGUCACCGCAUGCCCCGCGCUUCGACGAACGCUUCUCUGGAUUUGGCUGGAAUAAGGUCUCGCAAAUCAUGGAGCUGCAUGUCAGCCACCAUCGCUUUGUGGUGGUGCCUGCGGCUUGGGUCAUCCACAAACCCCACACCCCCUCGCAUGAUCUAGCUGCUUUUCGCUCGGAUCCAGGGUAUCGAGCCUGCCUGCAAGCGCUCAAGGAAGUGUUCCAAAGUGAAUUGGCUCAAAGAUAUGGAAGUGGUGUAUGA